UUGUCAAAACAAAAAUGUCAUUUUUUAUAGACAAAACUGCAAAUUUGGUCCUUGUGGUUUGGCAAAACCUUUGGAUGGGGUCCAAAAAGUUUCCAGCUUGCACCAAAGGUCCAAAAUCAAGAUUUUCAUGGGUUUUUAGUCCAUUCCGUCAUUGACCGUUUGUUUGGGGCCGUUAGUGCCUUCACGUGCCCUCCAUGUGAGGGCAUUUUGGUCAUUUUAGGUCCUAGCCUCCGUUGCCGCCACUUCAAUUAAUUAGAUUGCAGACUGUACACUCCUUCGUCUUCUACUCAUACCUCUUGAUUCAAACGCAAAAACCCUAACGAUCGUCUGAAAAUUGGAUUGUGUUCCUGCUUUUGAAAAUGUGGGGACUUAGAAAUGUUGGAGAGAUUGUCAACGUUCAAGAAGUUUAUGCUGGUUACCCCAACAUAUUCUCUAUUGAACUUCAUCACGGAGGGAGUUUCACAAAGUUUCCAAAUAUCAGACUUGAUGAUGAGAGAAUUAGGGUAUGAUGGUACUGAAAUCAUGUAUUACCAUUUCCGUUUGCCUAAUGAAGGAUUUGACUUUGGACUCCGAGCAUUAGGUAACGAUGAUGAUGUGCGUAAUCUCUCACGGUAUGUUACCCAUAAUAACAAAAUGAUUAAAGUGUACACAGAGCAUGGUCAAACGAACUUGCUUACAUAUUUUAUGUCCCCAACUGGUCCAAGAAGGGUUAUAAUAGAAGACAUGGAGAAGCAGGAUUCCAUUAGACCCUCAUCACCUGUAGUUGCUCAUGAAGUGGUAACUCCAAUCCAAAUUGAUGUUGGUGAGGGUGAUUUAGGGUUAGCAUUAACCUUAUACAAAUCAGCAACACCUGAAUUUAGUAGGUCUAAAGGUUGGAAACAUAGUAAAGGGGCAUCGUCUUGUAGUACAAAGCUUAACUUGGAUUGGGAAGGUGCUGAAAAAACAAUGGCAAGUGGUGAAGUUGAUAAGGGUAAGGGUGUAGAAGGAUUUGUAGAUGAAUUUGUUGUAGUUGAUGCAGAAAAAGAGUUAAACAAAGAGAUUGAUGUGAAUGAAGAACUUGAUGUGAACAAAUCCAAUGGUGAGGGUGUAGAAGGAUUUGCAGAUGAGGGGUAUAGAGUUGUCAUGGAUAAUGAUCCUCAAGGAGUCAAUGAAUUUUCAACUAACAUCAACAUAGAUGAUGAGUUAAUGACAAACUUUCAACCUUUUGAAGACCAAGAUAGCAUCCCAUUUAAUGGGUUUGAAGGCCAAGAUAACAUUCCUUUCAAUGAUGAGUGGAGACAAGAGGAGCCUGAUGACAUUGAUUUUGAGAAUCAAAACAGUGAAGAUGAAGAUAGUGACUUUAUGAUUGAUGAGGACACACCACCAUACCAGAGUUUGAAGCUGUAAUGGUAGAGCUAAGGAAUUAUGACAUAGAAGCAUAUCAGUGGCUCUUGAAAAUCCCUCCACAUCAUUGGGCUAGAAGUCAUUUUUCAGGAAGGGCAAUUUCAGACAUGUUAUUGAAUAACCUUUGUGAAGUGUUCAAUAGCAAACUUGUUAAAGGGAGAGACAAACCCAUUAUCAGUUGUUUGGAGUUCAUCAGAGAGUACCUUAUGAAGAGAGUAUGCAAUGUGAUGAAGGUGUUAAACAAGUGUCAAGGUCCAUUAACUCCAACUGGUACUAGGAUUUUGGAAUCAAACACAACACUAGCUAGUAAGUAUCAUGCACGAUGGAAUGAGGGACAAAAGUAUCAGGUUAAAGGUCCAUGGAAUGAUCAACAUGUGGUGGACAUGGAGAAAAGGGAGUGUAGUUGUAGAAAGUGGGAGCUUACUGGAAUUCCUUGCAAACAUGCAAUUGCAAGCCUAAAUGAAAUGGCAGACAAUAAUGAAAAGGUGGGAGAACUAUACACCUAUGUGCAUAAGGUGUAUUGGCUUGAUACAUGGAAAGAGAUGUACUCCUUCAAGGUGGAGCCUAUCAAAGGUAGAGCCAUGUGGCCUAAGAGUGACUGCCCAACAACUCUUGUGCCUCCACCACACAACAAAGCUAUAGGCAGGCCAAAAAAGAAAAGAA